UGUUUGUGCAGGGGGGACGGCCUAGGCUGGACAAGCCUUUAAAAACUGCUGCGUAAACAGACACCACUUGUGUUUUUGGGUUUGUAAACAGGCCAAGCAAGAUAACAGAGCUCUAGGUUCGGGUCAGGACGAUGCAGGGUCUGCUGGCUCUGUGUUUGUCCGCUCUGCCUGCACUGCUCUGGGCGACCCCGCUGUUCGUGGAGGGGGACAAUGAUGGGUCACUGAUCUGUAAACCUGCCCCACACUGGGACAUCAAUGGCCAGGUCCCUAUGAAGGAUCUGCUGGGAAAAGUAGGUGUUGUGGCUCUGCUGAAGGCCAGCUGACAGUUCUGCCUCACGCAGGCCGCCAGGCUGGGUGGACUGCGUGAUAAGCUGGCCCGGAGCAACUUGACUGAUGUGGGCUUCUUGGUGGUAAACGAGCAGGACGCCCACUCUAGAGCCAUGUACUGGGAGCUGAAGAGAAGGACGGCUGAGGGCAUCCCAGUCUUUCAGCAGAGUCCACUGCAGCCGGACGUUUGGGAGGCCCUGCGUGGAGACAAGGACGACUUUUUAGUUUACGAUCGCUGUGGCCAGCUAACCUUUCACAUCGUCCUGCCAUACAGUUACCUUCACCACCCCUACGUGGAGGCCGCCAUAAGAGCCACGUACCACCGAGACAUCUGCAACUGCACAGUGGACUCCAACUCUACUCUUUCAGACGAACAGCAAAACUCCACCACUGGAACCACGGGAACAAGCCCUUCACAAAUCUCAGAAGAACCUCCAGCAGACCCUGCAAGACCUGUAAAUGUUCAUCACCAUCAUAGCCAAACCCAUGGCCACUAUCAUCCCACCCACAGCCAUCCAGUCAUCACCAAAGCUGAAGACAGAAACAUCGGAGUCAGUCACCAUCACACACAUGAUGAAGGACAGGAGAGCCAUGCCAUUCACAAACAUUAGCAUCAUCUUCCUAAAUAUAAAUGUUUAGGGCUUUCACACAGUAGGGAAGUCGUAGUGGCACCUUGUUAAGCCUGAAACACAUUCUCAAAAAAGUUGGUAUGGUAAAACAUUUAUAAGUUUUUAAUGUGCGACGUUUGAACAGACGUUUGAACAGAUGUUGAAAAGAUGCUUUGGAACUAAAGAUACCAGUCAAUGAAUUUUCAGGUGUCCCAUUCCCAUUCUUUCUGCAAACGUGCCUUAAAAGAGAACUCCCUAACAUUUAAAACGAGGCAUUAAUAACUUUAAAAGUACACAAGAAGCUUAUUAAAACCACUGUUUACAACCCAUAGCGUAACCUAAUCUCCUGAACCUGUGACUAGUACUGUAUAUUAAUAAAUAUAAAUUAACCAUGACCAGACAAAACACUUACUCUCAUAACUUUUUCUGAUUUGGGGCUGUAUUUAAGUGGCUUGACUCAUUUGAAGAAGACAGUUGUAUAGAAAGCUUCAGUCAACAUUAACACACCUGUUUAAGUGAAGUCCAGUUCUGUGAACUUUUGUGUUUGGUUGCUCCCAGGUUUUUCUCAUAGCUCUUAAUGAAGUGUGCACUUCAAACCUGUCUCAGGUGUGUGCAUGCGGAUGUGGAGCUGGAUCGAAAUCAUGGGAAGCACCAUCACUUAUGUUCUGUACUUGGUGAACAGGAAUAUCCAUAUUUUAUGCUUUCUGUUUAUCCACACCUGAUCCAGGUAGUGGACGGGUAAACUGCUUCACUGAAACACUGAAUACAGUAUUAAAAUAUGAGUACAUAUUCCUAUUUAAAACAUUCAAUUUAAGUAGUAGGGGGAAUCUAUUUAUGCAACAGUUUUACAAAAUUCAGGUACAAGUAGGAAUGGCAUAAUGCUGACUGGAGCAAUGUGAUGCACAAAGAAAUUGAGCAGUAAUUAGCUGUGUUUUUGUAAAUUAAAAUGUUUUCAUGUUUAAUAAAAAAAUAAUGAAAUGAA